GAGGGAAAUAUGCAAGCAAGGGGUGAGGAGGACAGUGGAGAAAUGUAUUACUUCAAUUUAACCACUAUUCUGGCUGCUACAAACAAUUUCUCUGAGGCUAAUAAGCUUGGACAAGGAGGUUUUGGCCCUGUUUACAAGGGCAUUCUGCUUAAUGGAAAAGAAAUAGCAGUUAAAAGGCUUUCAGCCAAAUCAAGACAAGGGAUUGAAGAGUUCAGGAAUGAAGUUUUGCUAAUCGUUAAACUUCAACACAAAAAUCUUGUGAGGCUGUUGGGUUACUGCAUAAAGGGAGAUGAAAAGCUUCUUGUCUAUGAGUACAUGGCCAACACGAGUCUGGAUGCCUUUUUGUUUGAUCCAACAAAAACAAAGCAACUAGACUGGGCUAGGCAGGCAGCCAUUAUUGGUGGCAUAGCUAGGGGGCUUCUAUAUCUGCAUGAGGAUUCUAGGCUCAAAAUCAUCCAUAGGGAUUUGAAAUCAAGCAAUGUUUUGUUGGAUGAUGAGAUGAACCCUAAGAUCUCAGACUUUGGCACUGCCAGGAUUUUUGGAAGCAACCAAAUUGAAGCUAGCACCAACAGUAUUGUUGGCACAUUUGGAUAUAUGGCUCCAGAGUAUGCAAUGCACGGCCACUUCUCAGUCAAGACAGAUGUUUAUAGCUUUGGUGUGUUAGUUUUGGAUGUUGUGACUGGUCAAAGGAAUAACCAUAUCCGCAGCAGGGAAACCAUUGAGGACCUUCUGAGCUAUGCUUGGGAAAAUUGGAAAGAAGGGACAGCUACCAAUAUAGUAGAUCCCACAUUAAGGGAUAGCUCAACAAGCGAGAUAAUGAAAUAUAUCCACAUUAAGGGAAAUGAAGCUGACAGACCAGCCAUGGCUUCCAUUGUUCUCAUGCUUAAUGGCCACUCUCUGAGUCUCCCUGUACCUUCACAUCCUGCAUUUUUUGUCCAUAACAGCAGCCAGUUGGACAUGCCUUUAGGAAACAAGUUGGAUCAAUUCUCAGUAGAUGAGGCUACAAUUACCGAUCUACAUCCUCGAUAA